CCUUCCCUCAGAGACAACCAGCCGCUGUUCACCUCACAAACGGUGGACGGCCACCACUCGAUGCGUCUCGAGUGCUGGUCCUGCAGCCCGGUGAGGAGGAAGGGCUGUGGGAGAGACCGGAUCGCUCUGAACCAGCCGGCCCGAGACUGUGGACACGCCUACUGCUCCCUCCUCACCCCGGACGCUGCGGGAUGGGGCGAGAACAGCGACUCGGGUCAGGGCACCUUCAGCCAGCCCACGGGGAAAGGCACCAAUGAGCUGGAGGCGCCACUGGGGACACACAGCCUGGAGGACUGCGAGACCGACCCUGACGACACCUCGGCUUUCGACUACUCCUCUGUCACCUCCUGCAGCCCUGACGGCACCCUGCGCAGGGAGAUGAUGGCCAGCAACAGCGGGGAGGAUGAGGAGGAGGACAGCCAGGUGCCGGUGCUGUUAAAGCCCUCGUACAGCCAGCAGCAGCAGCAGCAACAGUCCAGGGAGGCUCCCAGAGAGAGGACUGUGUGUCUGAGGUGGCAGAUUCCCAGAUUAACCCCUCAUCCUCCUCUGAGAAACACGGCGGGGUCGUGCGUAGACGGGCCGACGCCGUGUCUCGUCAGCUCCUACGGGAAGAGGCUGGUCAGCGUCAGGAAAGGGUCGCCACCUCUACACCUGAAAAGUGCCUUCAGGCCCAUCUGGGAUGACCCGUCCAAACAGGUCGAUUCAGCUCCAGAGAAAGACAACAGACAAGGCUUCGUACCAAUUCAGGCUCCAGCGAGGCAGAGCUUUCAGAGUUUCAACCCGAGCAGAGAAACCCUGAGACCGGGCAUGGCUCAGCAGCGAGGUAACCACGCAGCAGCAGCAGCAGCGAUGAGCAGUGGAGGAUUGUGGGAUGACAGUGAGGACAGCGAGGGACCCUGCAGCACUGUUUGACCCCUGCCGUCCUCACAAGGACUGUCACAAAAAACUGUUGCACACAAAAUCUGGAAGUUACAAACAAACCUGAGCCCGAGUUACGACUUCUGCGAUGGAUGCAUGAAUGAGAAAUCAGUGAAACAGAAACCUGAAAACAGCCAAACAGCAGACGUCUUUGUUUGUCUGUUUGGCUCUUCAGGAUUACACACAUGGGAUAAAUAUCAGAGCAUUUUGGGGUUUUGUUUCUAAACAAACAAAAAUACACGUGAGAAAUAACUCCUACCAGAAAAAAAACACACUUAAAUAUUUCAGAUAAUUGGAGAUGAAGUGGAUGAUGAAUCAAUAUGUAGCUAAAAACUUAACAAAUUUUACUUUAUAGGUUUAAACCCUUGAUUUUAAUAUUUGAACUAAGCUGUUUCCGUUUCCGGUUGUUCUCCAGCCCCCCUGCUACUCUUAAGGAUAAGCUGUAUAGAUUAUUGAUAUAUGGAUGGAUGUUUCCCCGUUCACAGUAUUUAUGAUAAGCUAAGUUAUCCAGAGGCUAGAGAUAGUUUCAAAGUAAUGUCAAAAAUGAAGAGUAAUAUCAAACUUCUCAUCCUAUGGAAGCACAUUUCUGCCAAUGUGACAAAAACAAGACUCUCUAAGUAAUUAUAAUAAGAAACUUUUUCAAAACAAUGAAAAAUGUUCCUAAAAAUGAGAAAUGUUCUCAGAACAACGAGAAAUCUUCUAAAAUCAAUGAAAAACUUUCUCAAAUUAAUGAAAAACUUCAUGAAAACAAUGAGAAAUGUUCUAAGAAUAAUGAAAAACCUUCUCAAAACAAUGAAAAACUUUAGGCAUAAUGACUUAAUAUCUCAAAAUAACAA